CUGAAUGUUAUAUAUUAUCACUAAUACCUGAGUCCCUGUGAUUUUUCAUUUGCAAUACAUGCAUAUGCUAUUGUUGGAAACAUGGUUUUCUCUAAGCAUUUUCUCGUUCCGAUUUUAUUGCUGCAGGGAGCUUUGAUUAUUUUCCCACAUUUGGUUCGACCUCAGGAUCUAUCAGGUUUCAUCAGUAUAGAUUGUGGAAGUUCAGAGAUGUCGAAUUACAUAAACAAAACAAUGGGCAUAAAUAUGAGCUACUUUUCAGAUCAACACUUCACAGACAGCGGUGAAAAGAAAGAGAUAUCCCAAGACUACAAGGAGCAAAUGGCUAACGAACCGCAGCUUUGGAAUGUCCGAAGCUUCCCAAAUGGUACUAGAAACUGUUACACUGUGAAACCAACACGAGACCAAGGCACCAAGUAUUUGAUCCGAGCAACCUUCUUGUAUGGAAACUAUGACAACAUAGAACGAUCCCCAACUUUCGAUUUGUAUAUCGGAGCUGACCUUUGGGGUACAGUGGCAAUUAAAGAUGCAUGGACUCCAAUACACACUGAAAUCAUACAUGUCCUUUCAUCAGAUCACUUUCAUGUUUGUCUAGUAAACACACGUGGCGGAACUCCAUUCAUAACAGUAUUGGAGCUAAGGCCUCUAGGAAACGAAAUUUAUGAGACAAAAAAUGGCACGUUCCUAAGACUCUAUAAUCGCGCUGAUUUUUCAUCAUCAACAGAUAAAGAAAUGUUGAGGUACAAGGACGAUGCUUAUGAUCGUUUGUGGAGAUCCUGCGGGAGAAACCAGUGGAAGCCUUUCUUAACUACUUCUCUUACUGAUGUAAACUCUAUCAAAAAUGGAAAGUACCAAAUACCGUUCACCGUCAUGAACACUGCAUACACUCGAGACAGAAAUAGCACUGAUGACAUUAUAAUUGAAUGGGAUAUCAGCAGCAGACCCACCGAAAGGUAUUUCCUCUACUUUCAUUUUGCAGAACUCGAACAGCUCGACGAGACCGAAACAAGAGAAUUCAACAUCUACGUUAAUAAUAAUUUGUGGUACAAAAACGAGGUUCCCAAAUACUUGGUCCAAAAUACAAUACAGAGCACCAUUAAUGGCACAGAAGUUGAAGGUGGAGUACCGAAACUGAGAAUUUUGUUCAGAAAAACCGAAAAGUCAACUCUUCCGCCUCUUAUAAAUGCCAUAGAGGUUUACGUGCAAAAGGAGCUCUCUCUAAAGGAAACCAACCAAAUGGAUGCAAAAGCUAUCUGGAAUAUCAAGGCCGUAUAUGAAUUAAAGAGAAACUGGCAAGGAGAUCCUUGUACCCCUAACGAUUUCACGUGGGAUGGCCUUGAGUGUGAUUCCAAUAAUUCGCCUAACAUUGUAUCUUUGAAUUUGUCGUCAUGUGGACUAAAGGGAGAAAUUGCUUCUUCCAUUGCCAAUCUGACUAUGUUAAAGCAUCUGGACUUAUCAAACAACAGCCUGAGUGGGACCGUGCCUGAAUUUUUGGCUCAACUUUCAUCCUUGAUAAUUUUAAACCUUAAAGGAAACAACCUCACAGGCUCAAUCCCAGACGCACUCCUUGAAAGAUCGAAGAAUAAUCAAUUAUAUUUAAGCUUUGAUACAAACCUGGUCAGCAGUAGUCCAUCUCCAUGCUCAUUAUCGGGGUCGUCGUGCGGAAAGAAACAAAAGUUUGUUGUCCCACUCGUUGCUUCACUCGGCGGAUCACUUUUUAUCUUAUUUAUUAUUGGGGCUAUAAUUUGUAUCCUUAAAAGAAGAUCAAGACAGCCACAGGCCCCUAAAGAUUUUAGAGAGUCCAAUGGAGGAGAGAAUGAUGACCCAAUUCUCUCAAAGAAGCAAGAAUUUACGUACUCGGAGAUUCAAAGAAUAACCAACAACUUUGAGAGGAUAAUCGGUGAAGGGGGAUUUGGAAAGGUUUACUACGGCAACUUAAAAGGCAAUGAAGUUGCAGUGAAGAUGCUCUCUCCCUCCUCACUCCAAGGGCAUCAACAAUUUCAUGCAGAGCUUAAGCUACUUUUGAGAGUUCAUCAUAGAAAUUUGACUACUCUCGUUGGAUAUUGCAAUGAGAAGGAUCAUAUUGGACUCCUCUACGAAUACAUGGCCAUGGGAAACUUAAGAUCGUUACUUUUGGGUAGAAGUCCCAGCAUCUUAAGUUGGGAAGACAGACUUCGGAUAGCAAUAGACACAGCGCAGGGACUUGAGUACUUGCACAACGGUUGCAAGCCGCCAAUAAUUCACAGAGAUGUGAAGUCGACAAAUAUUUUGUUGAAUGAAAAGUUCCAAGCUAAGCUAGGUGAUUUUGGCGUGUCCAAGAUUUUCUCGUACGAGGGUGACAAACAAGGUGUUAGUGGCGCUUUUGGCGUGUCCACAAAUGUUGUUGGUACUCCUGGGUAUCUCGACCCUGAGUAUUAUGCAUCAAACUGGCUUAAUGAGAAAAGUGAUGUUUUCAGUUUCGGAGUUGUUUUAUUGGAGUUAAUCACAGCUCGACCCGUAUUAACAAAAACGAGAGAGAAUGCUCACAUAUGUCAAUGGGUUGGUUCGAAGCUUGUAAAUGGAGAUAUUGAAAACAUCAUCGAUCCAAAAUUGGAAGGGUUCUUUUGUAUUAAUACUGUUUGGAAAGCUAUUGAAAUAGCAAUGGCUUGUGUCUCAAAAACUUCCACCAAUAGGCCAACUAUGAUUCGCGUAGCAAUUGAAUUGAAGGAGUGUUUGACAGCAGAGUUAACCUGGAAGAACAAUGGUGGUGAGGUUGAACCAAAAGAUUAUUUGUCGGUGGAAAUGAUCAACAACAAUAUGGCUUUAGAACAACUUACUCCUCUAGCUAGGUAGUACUCGAAAAAAUAGAUGUUAUAAUAAGGUUAAUGUGAUCAACCACAAGAUAUAUGGCUGGUAUUUAAUCAUGCUUUUUAGGUAUCUAUACCUAUUUUUUAAGUACAUUUUGUACUUAAUUGACUCUAUAUUAUGCGCUAUUAAUUCCAAAAAUUUAUUUACCAACUCAUUGAUAUGAUUCACUAUCUAUAUAAUUGCAUGUGGGAAUUUCAUAUUC